UAUAAAACAUCCUCUUUCAAAAUCAAAGCACAUCUGCACAUACCAUCAUCGUCUUUGCAAAAGGUGUAACCGUGGGAAAUCGCCAACCAUAAAAAUGCCUGUAAUAUAUCGAUCAACCCUUUCUUCUCAACUACCGUUUUCUCAAACUAGUAGACAAUUUACACAAUUCAGCCUUUAUCAUACCAAAAUCACCUUCUCUUCUCACUCCAAUUUUACCAGAAUUUGCUGCUUAAAACCCUCAAUUAUGGAGAAAGAUGCUCAAUUAAACCCCACCAUUUUAGAGUCAACGGAAGAGAAAUAUUCUGCAGAAUUGGAUGUUGCUGUUAAAGCUGUUCAAAUGGCUUGUUCUUUAAGUCAAAGGGUACAAGAGGGUUUGAUUUCUAAGGCUAAUUCUCUUGUUCAAUCCAAAGAUGAUAAAUCCCUUGUCACAAUUGCAGAUUGGAGUGUCCAAGCUACUAUCAGCUGGGUACUGUCUGAAUCUUUUGGCAUUAAAAAUGUCUCGAUUGUAGCUGAGGAAGAUGUUGAAGCUCUUUCAAAACCUGAGGCAACUGUCCUCUUAGAUUCUGUAGUACAAACUGUCAACGAGUGUUUAGCUGAAGCACUUCAAUUUGGAAUUAAAGGUCCGAUUAGACCCUUAAAGAAAGCAGAAGUUCUUGAGGCAAUAAGGCAGUGCAAUUCCAUUGGUGGUCCUAGUGGUAGAUUUUGGGUUCUGGAUCCCGUUGACGGCACAUUAGGUUUUGUGCGUGGGGAUCAAUAUGCAGUUGCUCUAGCACUGAUUGAGGAUGGAGAAGUUGUGCUUGGAGUCUUAGGUUGCCCUAAUUACCCACUAAGGAAGGAGUGGCUAUCAUAUCAUCAACGUUAUUAUAGGAUCAUAUCCAAGCUUACCCCACCAAGGUCAGAAUCUUGGGAUAAAGGUUUUGUAUUAUAUGCUAGAAAAGGUAGUGGUAAAUCUUGGAUGCAGCCAUUACUUCCACAAUCCAUGAACUUGGUUGAGUUAAAAUCUCCCAGACCUGUCUAUGUGUCUCUCGUUGAAGAUCCUUCCUUGGCUACCUUCUGUGAGCCUGUUGAAAGGGCGAAUUCUAGCCAUUCUUUCACUGCUGGACUUGCUCACAGUGUCGGAGUUAGUAAGGAACCUUUGCGAGUAUACAGCAUGGUCAAAUAUGCUGCUGUUGCUCGUGGUGAUGCAGAGAUAUUCAUGAAGUUUGCAAAGUCGGGUUACAAAGAGAAGAUAUGGGAUCAUGCAGCUGGUACUGUCAUUAUACAAGAGGCUGGCGGUGUGGUGACGGAUGCAGGAGGGCACCCCUUGAACUUCUCAAAUGGUAUAUAUUUGGAAGGUCUUGACCGUGGUAUAAUUGCUUGUGCUGGAGUUCAGCUACAUCAAAAAAUUAUCCAAGCUGUGGAUGCUAGCUGGGAUUCCUCCUGCUUGUGACUUACUGAACAAAGGAGACCAAAAGGAGUCCAGAUUUUUUUCCUGGGUAAUAAGACCAGUAACGAUGCUGGGAUCAUCUUUGACGAGCAUAAUGACUUGAGAAUUGGCAAUUUGGCAUGUUCUCUAGUUGCAGUUGCUGUUGCAUCAGGAUCUUCACCUCUCCUAUAUAACUAUGUAAUUCAAAAUUUACGCAGUACUGUUUACUGCUCUGUACAGAUGCAACAUAAUGUGGAAUGCAAUUUUGCAGUUUGUAAUUAUGCAUUUCGAGAUCCUUUCUAGGUUGUGGCUUUUACAUAAUGAUCAAUUUUGGUCAGUAUUCAUUACAACGAAUAUCAAUAAAUUAUAAAUGACAAGAACAAUGCUGGAUCGAAAAAGUUUCAAUCAAGGUUUAUAACUUUAUAUU